AUGUCUGAAGAGGGAGGAGACCAUGGUGGUAACAUCCUGUGGGCAAACCAGGCAUUGGCUUUCUCUAAUUCUGAUAACUCUGGUGGAACUCAGGCAAGAGACCAUUCGAGCUCAAAUAGCCCAAGAGCAGUGGCUCCCCCAACUUUGACGGUGGGUCAGAAAAGAGGUCGAAACGGGAAAGAACGCAUAGAUGGAGGUGCUGAUUCUGAUCAUGAUCAGGAUCAUGAUCAUGAUCACGAACUACAUAUUUGGACGGAGCGAGAGAGGAGAAAGAAGAUGAGGAACAUGUUCUCUAGUCUUCAUGCCUUGCUUCCCCACAUUCCUCCUAAGGUUGAUAAGGCCACAAUCGUUGAUGAAGCUGUGACUUACAUCAGAACUCUUCAAAACACUCUACAGAAGCUUCAGAGCUGGAUAUGCUCCGGGGAAAGUCGACCAUCUGGUUCAACCCCUGGAGCGAAUCAGGGAUGUUCAAACUCAUCAAGGAACAACCAGGCCAUUAUCACUGGUAAUAACUCGGCCAUGGCCAACUCAUUUGGGGUCCCUCGUUUCCCCGUUUGCCUCCAAACAUGGUCUUCACCGAACGUCGUGUUGAGUGUGUGUGGCAACGAUGCGCAGAUCUGUGUGUGCGCACCAAAGAAGCCUGGCCUCUUGACCACAAUCUUUUAUAUCAUGGAGAAGCAUAAAUUGGAAGUAGUGACUGCUAACAUCUCCUCAGAUAACUACCAGAGCAUGUACAUGAUCCAUGCCCAUGCAAAUGGGCUGCUGAUCAAUUCUCAGAGGCAUUACCAGUGGAGGAAAUAUACAAGCUAGCGAUCGGAGAGAUGAUCUAUUGGGUUUCAUCUUAAUGAUAACCAGAAAAGAAAGAAAAUGGCUGUGGAGAGACUUGGUUGUGAAAGUUCUACUGUAAGUAUAGCGAGGUACCAAAAUAAAAAAGAGGAAAAAUGAUAAACAAGUUCAGUGAGGAGAAGGAGAGACAGAGAGAGAGAGAGAGAGUCGUUUCAUCAUCAUAUAGGAUGGACAAGAUUUUGUUUGUUAACAAUGCUAUGUUGUUCUAUGUGUUCUCUCUGUGAAAUUGUUACUUGCUUCAGAUGCUAUAGGUGUUGCAAGGCAUGGGCAUUUAUGGGAUGGCAGACUUGUCAUUGUAUAUAAACAAGUAUAUGGAGCUAUAUAUUUCUAUUUUCUUCUCUAAA